AUGUCAAGCCCCUCAAAAGAAUCACCCUCAGCAUCAGGAGACCUGACCCUCAACCCAAUUUUGGCUCAGAUCAAUGACCCAAUGCUCAAGGAGAAGAAAGAAGAAAAUCCAACAACCACCCCAGCCAACUUCCCAUUGCCAGAAAAUCCCCAAACCAAACCACCUGAAAUCAACUGCCCACACAAUCUAGCCUUUGCAAAUAAGGAGGAAUUGGACAAGUCCUUCAAGGAAUACAAAAGCAAACAGGGCUAUCAAAUCAUUGUAGCCAACAGUGACAAGGAAAAAAGGUUUUUAAAUGCUCAGUGCCAACCCACAAAGACCAAAGCAAAUGAGGCCCAACCAACCAAACGAUCUGGCCAUACCUGUCCCUUCAAGGUGACUGCUAGACUCCACAAGAACCACACUUGGUCUCUCACUCAGAAUGAAAGCAAGCACAACCAUCCCCCUUCAGAGUUUUCACACCAUAAGGACAAGAUAGAAACUCAAAUCAACAAACUCACAGCUACUGGACUCAAGCCUGCUGAAAUUCUCAAACAACUCCAGCCAAACUUUCCAGAUUUAAGUCUCAAAUUUAUCAUUAACCACCGGUAA